GAGUGGAAAUACGGAAACGCGGCUGAAUCUGGUGUUGGCUGGAAGUUCUCAGAUCCACAGUCGUUUCAUUGAAGAUGUAAGAGUUUAUUCCUGCUGGUGUGAUCAACAGAAAGUUCCGGUUAGUGUGUGAUUCUGGAGCCGGACGUGUUGUGUUUCCUGGUGUGAACUUCCUCCUGACAGGUGAGUAGACAGGUGCUGCUCUCAACACAACAUGUCCUGAUGGAGAACCUCCGAGCGCGGCUCAAGUUUGGGAACAAAGAGGAGGAUGUGAAGCUGAGGAAACGUAGAUCUCUGCUGUACUCAAAGGAAGACCAGAGUCCUCUGAACGACGGUGUGCUGAGAGCCAGAGUCGUGGUGUUUUCUGUGGUGUUCAGACUCAUCAACUGCCUCCUGGUCCAGAGCAGCUUCGUCCCUGAUGAGUACUGGCAGUCUGUGGAGGUCUCCCACCGCAUGGUCUUCUCUUAUGGGUAUCUGACCUGGGAAUGGAAGGCAGGAAUCAGAGGAUUCUUAUAUCCACUUUUCUUUGCAUUCCUGUACAAGAUACUACACCUCAUGAACUACGACUCAGUCCUUCUUCUGAUUUGGCUUCCGCGAAUAUCUCAAGCGCUGCUGGCUGCGUUUGCUGAUGUGAAGUUCUUCUUCCUCGUCCAAACGUUGGAAAAUCGCGAGGUUGCGAAAUGGGCGUUCUUCUGUCAAAUGUGUUCCUGGUUCACGUGGUUCUGCUGCACCAGGACUCUGACCAACAGCGCUGAGACCUCCAUCACCUGUCUGGCUCUGUUUUACUUCCCCCUGCCUGGGUCCAGGUCUCACAGCAGCAGGAAGUAUCUGGCCCUGGUGGCCUUGGCUGUGAUCAUCCGACCGACGGCUCUGAUCGUCUGGUUUCCUCUGAUCGUUUACCAUUUCUGGCACGAAGACAACAAACUGAGACUCAUCACUCAUAACUACAUUCCUAUAGGGACGCUGGCCGUUGCAGUUUCGACAGCGAUCGACUGUCUGUUCUAUGAAAAGUGGACGCUGGUGCAGUGGAACUUCGUCAAGUUUAACAUCAUCCACAGCGUGGCCGACUUCUACGGCUCCCACCCCUGGCACUGGUACUUCACUCAGGGCUUUGCUGUUGUGAUCGGACCUCAUCUGCCUUUCUUUCUUCACGGCUGCGCACUCGCCUCCAGGAGAUAUAAAAUCCUGCUGGCAGCGGUCGUCUGGACCAUCGUGGUUUACAGUUUGCUUCCUCAUAAGGAGUUCAGGUUCAUCUAUCCCGUGCUGCCUUUCUGUAUGGUCUUCUGUGGGACGUCUUUGGCUCAUCUGAAAGCGUGGCGUCGAGCUGCGGCAGCCUUCCUGCUGGUGGCCAACCUGGUUCCUGCUCUGUACACCGGCCUGGUUCACCAGCGAGGCGCUCUGGACGUCAUGAACCACGUCCAGGCUCUCUGCGACGCCAGCAACGUGUCCGCCCACCUGCAGCCGGACGUCCUCUUCCUCAUGCCCUGUCACUCCACGCCCUUCUACAGCCACGUCCACUGUCCGCUGAAGAUGAGGUUUCUCGAGUGUCCUCCAGAUCUCGGAGAGGAGGGUUACUUUGAAGAAGCCAAGAGAUUCUUCGACGAUCCUGUUCUCUGGCUCAGGACCUCGUUCCCACACAAAUCCUCUCUGCCCACCCAUCUGGUUUUGUUUGAUGUUUUAAAAAAGGAAAUCUCUGUGUUUUUGCAAGAGAAUAACUUUGUGAGGACGGCAGAAAUAUUUCAUACCCAUUUCCCUGAAGGAAGAGUUGGAGGAAGCAUCUUUAUUUAUGAAAGGCACUGACAAACACUGGAACAAUGGCAACUUCAGUUCCUGAAGGAAAAUGUCCUAUGAUAUGGAUUUGCUACUGAAAUAAAUAUUUUAAACUAAA